GGUGACAGACAUUACAGUAACGAAAGGGGUGCGGCUGAGGGAAGUUGCCGGCCGAGCGUGCUCUGGCACGGGCGUGACAGAGGUGUCUUCAUGACAAUGUGCAAAGACAUCAGCAGUCAGGUAAGCAAGCCAACGUCAGCCCUCCCUGAACAUAUUUUCGCGUAGGGCCCCCUGGAGGUCUGAACCGGCUCUGCGUACAGCUCCAUCAUACAGUAGUCACAAAUUAGUCACAAGAAAGCAGUUGUGACCUUUGCUUCCAAUGAGUUGAAUCGGUACCUCUACUUUUACCUCUGUAUUUUUAUACAAGCUGUAGUUAUAGGGUGGGAGUUGUUUUGCUAUAGUGGAGGGGGCGUGCAUGCGUGCGUGCGUGAGAGCGCGCCUGUGAUGUCAGAGUAUCGCGCUUUCAGUAUCCACGACGCCCUCUAGCCCAGCUCACGCAGGUGCGGUCGGUACAUCUCAAGGAAGCUUCCUUGCACGUGCAGCGAUGUCGAGUCCGCCGCCGCCGCCGCUGCACGCGAGUUGGGUGACGCGCGCCUAGUGCCGCCGAUGCCGCUGCAGCAGAGGGGGAGUAGCCGGGACCAAGUCGAGCGAUGGCGUUUGCCAUGCUGCGUCCGGUGGCCGAGCGCUUCUAUUCCGAUCUGAGCGUCGCGUCAGAGGACGACGACCGCUGCAGCGAGAGCGACGACAACUCCUCCGAGCGGCUCUACUGCGACAAACGAGCGAGGACUGCGCGCAAAGCCGGGGGCGCGAUGGUCGUGAAGCAGCGCAGCGCGGCCAACGCCAGGGAGCGCGGCCGGACCCAGAGCGUCAACAGCGCUUUCACGGCCCUCAGGACCCUCAUCCCCACCGAGCCGGUGGACAGGAAGCUCUCCAAGAUCGAGACGCUACGCCUGGCCUCCAGCUACAUUUCCCACUUGGCCAAUGUGCUUCUCGUCGAGGGGGACAGCUGCGCCGAUGGAGGAGGGCAGCCGUGCUUCGACGCUCUCCACGCACAGGCUGGAGACAAGGCAAGCAAGCAGCCCAGGACCAUCUGCACUUUCUGCUUGAGCAACCAGAGGAAAGGGGAGGGCGGCUAGUCUUUAAAGAUGUGCAGACUGGGCCCACUGCGACUCAGACGCUGAGUGAAGGAAGUGGCGGCACAGAAGGAUUGGCCACCUGAGAACCCUCAAGAGACUUUCUCAGGGAAGAGUUAGAGCUGCACACGCACGGACGCACGCACACACGCACGUACAGCCCCACACCAGGGUAUUUAUGCUUGAGUGACAAAUGUAAAAAGAAGCCCCUGAGGAUGCAGGACAUUUGUCUGAGACUUGUGAAUGUUUGUCCUUCUUUGUUUGCAAACAAAUUGCCAUAAAGUUGAUUUGAUGACAAA